ACUCUCCACCGCCCCCGGCCCGGCCUCCCUCCCCCGCUACCCUGCGCCACCUCCGCCGCUUAUCGUGCGCCGCCCCCGCCGGCGGCCUCCCCAAACCCGUGGGUUCCGAGAUUCGCCAUAAGGGCCUCGCCUCGAUCCUUCCAAUCACCCGCCGGUUCCAACCCUCCGGUCUCCUUCGAUCGCGAAACAAUGACGGAUUUCCGGUUCUCCGAUCGGCGGCGGAGCCUUUCGUGGUGAUUUCUAGAGACAAGGGAGAUCUUUCUGUUUGGCUUCGGUAUCUUUUGAAUUGGUUGAAUGAUGGAGGCGAGUGCGGCUCUCAGCUUCCAGUCCUGUCCUUGGAUCGCUUUCGAGAGGACUGGGGGGAAAACCGGCGGUUUCUUGAGGUUUCCGAGUGGAUUCUCGGAAGAGAGGAGGGUCCAGACGCUUAGAUUGGGGGAUUCCCGGAGGUGCCAAUCUGCAGUUCGAUCCAGGCACCAGGAGUUGAAGAUUUCAUGUUGUUAUAAGAAAUCCGGAGGGUCGGAGAACUUUCAUAACUCAGUUGAUGAAGCCCUCAUACUAAAGAGAAAGUCGGAAGAUGUUCUUCCUUACUUGAAUGGACGGUGUCUAUAUCUAGUUGGAAUGAUGGGAUCCGGGAAGACCACAGUGGGAAAGAUAUUAUCAGAAGUGUUAGGUUAUUCUUUUUUUGACAGUGACAAAUUGGUUGAGCAGGCUGUUGGAAUAUCUUCUGUUGCUCAGAUUUUUAAGGAGCACAGUGAGGCUUUCUUCAGAGAUAAUGAGAGUAAAGUGCUUCGGGAUUUGUCUUCAAUGCGCCGUUUAGUUGUUGCAACUGGAGGUGGUGCUGUGAUUCGACCAAUUAACUGGAGAUAUAUGAAAGAAGGAAUAAGUGUUUGGUUAGACGUUCCUUUGGAUGCUCUGGCGAGGCGGAUUGCUGCUGUGGGGACUGAUUCUCGCCCUCUUUUGCAUCAAGAACCUGGUGAUCCCUACACAAAGGCUUUUAUGAAGCUGACCACACUCUCUGAAAAAAGGGGCAAGGCCUAUGCCAAUGCUGAUGCAAGAGUUUGCCUAGAACAUAUAGCAAAUAAACAGGGUCAUGACGACGUUUCUGCACUCACGCCUACUGCUAUCGCUAUUGAGGCAUUAAUAAAGAUUGAGUGUUUUCUUACGGAGAAUGCGGCUGUUAGUAAUCGUUCAUACCUUCAGGGAUGAAGGCCAGAGACGAUCGUGGUUCUUGUACUGUAUCUUGUACCAUUUCACUUUUUGUUGAUUUUAAGUAUUUGUUCAUUGAAAUGUAGUAUCUACACAGCCCAGCUUCUGUAAAUGAACUGACAUAGUAAAGGCCUUGAAAUCUGAAAGAAUCUCCAAAAUCAUUUCAUCUCAGAAACCAGAAAAAUGCUGAACAACUGCAUAAAUUUUUGGUAGUGCAUUAUAUCUAGAAUAUCAAUUAAACAAUCCUGAGUCUAAUUGACUGUUUAA